CGAGCAGGUGGGAGCCGCGGAGGGGCGAGGCCGCCCGCGAGGGCGCCAGGCGGCGGGCACUGCGCCGCUCUCCUGUCCGCGGUGCGCGCUCGCGGUGCGCACCGGGCGUCCGCGGCUCUCGCGCGCCCCGCCUGCCCGGGCCCUACCUGCGGCGGCCGUCGGGGGCGCGGAGCCCCCAGCGCUGCCGAGCCGCAUGAACAAUAGGCGGCGGCGGCUCCUGCGGGCGGCCGCCCCGCACCCUAUGGACCGGCCGCUCCAUGGAGUCCUCCAGAUCGCUUCUCGGCUGCCUGGCGAGCGCCGCUGCCGCCCCGCCGGGGGAGGAUGCCACGGGCACAGGGGCCGAGGAGGAGGAGGACGAGGAGGAGGCGGUGGCCGCCGACCUGGGCUCCCACGCCGCGCGCCCUACUGGACGGCUGUAUUCGAGUACGAGGCGGCGGGCGAGGACGAGCUGACCCUGCGGCUAGGCGAUGUGGUGGAGGUGCUGUCCAAGGACUCGCAGGUGUCCGGCGACGAGGGCUGGUGGACCGGACAGCUGAACCAGCGGGUGGGCAUCUUCCCCAGCAACUACGUGACCCCGCGCAGCGCCUUCUCCAGCCGCUGCCAGCCGGGCGCCGAGGACCCCAGUUGCUACCCGCCCAUUCAGCUGUUAGAGAUUGAUUUUGCGGAGCUAACCCUGGAGGAGAUCAUCGGCAUUGGGGGCUUUGGGAAAGUUUAUCGCGCUUUCUGGGUAGGCGAUGAGGUCGCUGUGAAAGCAGCUCGCCAUGACCCUGAUGAGGACAUCAGCCAGACCAUAGAGAAUGUUCGCCAAGAGGCCAAGCUCUUUGCCAUGCUGAAGCACCCGAACAUCAUUGCCCUCAGAGGGGUGUGCCUGAAGGAACCCAACCUCUGCUUGGUCAUGGAGUUUGCCCGUGGAGGGCCUUUGAACAGAGUGUUGUCUGGGAAGAGGAUUCCCCCGGACAUCCUGGUGAACUGGGCUGUGCAGAUCGCCAGAGGGAUGAACUACCUACAUGAUGAGGCAAUUGUCCCCAUCAUCCACCGUGACCUUAAGUCCAGCAACAUAUUGAUCCUGCAGAAAGUGGAGAAUGGAGACCUGAGUAACAAGAUUCUGAAGAUCACUGACUUUGGGCUGGCUCGGGAGUGGCACCGGACCACCAAGAUGAGCGCGGCGGGGACAUACGCUUGGAUGGCGCCCGAAGUCAUCCGGGCUUCCAUGUUUUCCAAAGGCAGUGAUGUGUGGAGCUAUGGAGUGCUGCUUUGGGAGCUGCUGACUGGUGAGGUCCCCUUCCGAGGCAUUGAUGGCUUAGCAGUGGCUUACGGAGUGGCCAUGAACAAGCUCGCCCUUCCUAUUCCUUCUACAUGUCCAGAACCUUUUGCCAAACUCAUGGAAGACUGCUGGAACCCCGACCCCCACUCACGGCCAUCUUUCACGAGUAUCCUGGACCAGCUCACGACCAUACAAGAGUCUGGUUUCUUUGAGAUGCCCAAGGACUCCUUCCACUGCCUGCAGGAUGACUGGAAACAUGAGAUUCAGGAAAUGUUUGACCAACUCAGGGCCAAAGAAAAGGAGCUCCGCACCUGGGAAGAGGAGCUGACGCGGGCUGCGCUCCAGCAGAAGAACCAGGAGGAGCUGCUGCGACGCAGGGAACAGGAACUGGCUGAGCGGGAGAUUGACAUCCUCGAACGAGAGCUCAACAUCAUCAUCCACCAGCUGUGCCAGGAAAAGCCCAGGGUGAAGAAACGCAAGGGCAAGUUCAGGAAGAGCCGACUGAAGCUCAAGGAUGGCAACCGCAUCAGCCUCCCCUCCGAUUUCCAGCACAAGUUCACAGUGCAGGCCUCCCCGACCAUGGAUAAAAGGAAGAGUCUCAUCAGCAGCCGAUCGAGCCCCCCGGCAAGCCCCACCAUCAUCCCUCGCCUUCGAGCCAUCCAGUUGACGCCAGGUGAAAGCAGUAAAACCUGGGGCCGGAGCUCAGUGGUCCCUAAAGAGGAAGGGGAGGAGGAGGAGAAGAGGCUCCCAAAGAAGAAGGGCCGGACGUGGGGACCAGGAACACUUGGGCAGAAAGAGCUCACCUCAGGAGAUGAAGGUUCCCCCCAGAGACGGGAAAAAACUAAUGGCUUAAGUACCCCGUCAGAGUCUCCACAUUUCCACUUGGGCCUCAAGUCCCUGGUAGACGGAUACAAACAGUGGUCAUCCAGUGCCCCCAACCUGGGGAAGGGUCCGAGGAGUAGCCCCGCCCUGCCUGGGUUCACCAGCCUUAUGGAGAUAGAGGAUGAAGAUGGGGAAGGCCCAGGGAGUGGAGAGAGUCAUCUACAGCAUUCGCCCAACCAGUCCUACCUCUGUAUCCCAUUUCCUCGUGGAGAGGAUGAGGACGGCCCCUCUAGUGAUGGAGUUCAUGAGGAGCCCACCCCAGUCAACUCAGCCACCAGUACCCCUCAGCUGACGCCAACCAACAGCCUCAAGCGUAGUGGGACCCACCACCGGCGCUGUGAGGUGGCUCUGCUUGGCUGUGGAGCUGUUCUGGCAGCCACAGGCCUAGGGUUUGACUUGCUGGAAGCUGGCAAGUGCCAGUUGCUUCCACCAGAGGAGCCUGAGCCACCAGCCCGGGAAGAGAAGAAGAGACGUGAGGGUCUAUUCCAAAGGGCCAGCCGCCCUCGUCGGAGUACCAGCCCCCCCUCCCGAAAGCUCUUCAAGAAGGAGGAGCCAAUGAUGUUGCUAGGAGACCACUCUGCCUCCUUGACACUGCUCUCUCUCUCCUCCAUCUCCGAAUGCAACUCUACCCGCUCCCUGCUGCGCUCUGACAGUGAUGAGAUCGUAGUGUAUGAAAUGCCAGUCAGUCCAGUGGAAGCUCCGCCUCUCACCUCGUGCGCCCACAACCCUCUUGUUAAUGUCCGAGUGGAGCGCUUCAAGCGAGACCCCAACCAGUCCCUGACGCCCACCCAUGUCACCCUCACAGCCCCCACGCAGCCGAGUGGUCACAGGCGGACUCCUUCUGAUGGGGCUCUUAAGCCAGCAGGAGCCCCGCCAGCGCUCGCAAGCCGGAGUCCCUCCAGCAAUGGAAUGAGUCCCAGUCCUGGGACAGGAUUGUUGAAGACUCCCAGCCCCAGCCGCGACCCAGGUGAAUUCCCCCGUCUCCCUGAUCCCAAUGUGGUCUUCCCCCCAACUCCGAGGCGCUGGAACACACAGCGGGACUCCACCUUAGAGAGACCCAAGACCCUGGAGUUUCUGCCUCGGCCGCGUCCUUCCGCCAACCGGCAGCGGCUGGACCCGUGGUGGUUUGUGUCCCCCAGCCAUGCCCGCAGCGCCUCCCCAGCCAACAGCUCCAGCACAGAGACUCCCAGCAACCUGGACUCCUGCUUUGCCAGCAGCAGCAGCACUGUGGAAGAACGGCCUGGACUCCCAGCCCUGCUCCCUUUACAGGCAGGGUCACUGCCCCCCGCUGAGCGGACGCUUCUGGACCUGGAUGCGGAGGGGCAGAGCCAGGAUAGCACGGUGCCCCUGUGCAGAGCUGAACUGAACACACAUGGGCCUUCCCCUUACGAGAUCCAGCAGGAGUUCUGGUCUUAGUGUAAAAAGGGUCAGGGUGGGCAAGGGGGAAGCCGGAGGAGAUGGAGGGAGCUGGCUGGCACAGCCCUGUCUCAGUUAGGCCCCCUGGGAUCCAGACCUCCUCCUUGCACUGAGAAUGCACUUUGAAGAUGGAAGGGAUGGAAGCAGGGCCAGCCACUUCAGGGGGUCUCCUGCCCUGCAGGAUCUUUUUUCCACGUUCACUGGAGGGGUUGUGUCAGCUCUGGCUGUGUAGGAGAGGGAAGGCAUGUCCCCACCCUCCCUCCGGUCUUCCUCACCUUCAGGGUGACGCUGCAGAGUCAUCCAGCCAAAUCUGUCCACGGCCUCUUCUCCCUCAGCUGGAGCUGUCCUGGAGUCCCUUUGUCAGCCCUGAGUUCUGUCCUGAUGUUCUGUGAUUGAUUUAGCUUGUCUUCCCGUGACUCGGUGUCUCCUUUAGUAUGUGAUGAGUGUCUUGUGUCCGAAGUCCUUUUGUGCUAGCUGAUGGGGACAGGUUGGCCUUAUGAGGGCCAAUGGGCUUGAAAGACCUGGUACUGCCUACCCGUGCAGAUGUCAGUGAGAACUGAGAGUGUGGGGAGGGAGGAGAGGAGGCAGUCAGGGGAAAGGGUCAGGUUGGGUAGAAAGGGCCCUAGAGUCACUCCCUGGUUUGGGUUUGGGCUUUAGAAACAGAGGCAGAAAUCAACACCUGCUGAAUGGCUCCAUCUACCCCCUUGGGUUCAGGCCAUGGCAACACCAGGUGUGAAUAUGAGCGUAUUCAUCUCAGGAAUAGCUGUUUGGGAGACGCACUCAGUGAUGCCAGGUCUGAGGUCAGACGCAGCUCCUGCAUGGACCUGUCUUGUUGGGACUCUGUUGUUCUUUCCUCUAGUUCCUGGAAUCAGUGGCCUGUAGGUCCUAUGUAAUUCACUGACAUAUCUGAAGUAUGUCAGGAUAACAUAUGGGGGUGGGUCCUGGACCUUGGGAUGUGGAACAGUGGGGAUUUCUUCAUCGGACUUGUGCACCUUGUGAUGCCCUUGAAGUAAACGGAACCCUUAGUAGUAACUCUGGGUGUAUGGAGGCGGUAGCAUGAUACAGUUCUUCAAGUGCUCGGUGGUCUGUUGAUGGGUGCUGACCAAGGCCACCUCUGUCUCUGCACAGACAGCCCUCGUGCUGGGCCCUGUACUGUGAGCUGGACAGCAAGGCCCGCCAGAGAGGCUAGUGCUGACGUGUUUAGUAUGUGUCUCCUGAACUUGAAUACUGAGCUUCGUCUAAAGCUUUCUCACGUAUUUUCUUCGAUGUCCACCUCCUCUGGGCCCCCUGUGUUGUAUGUGCACCAUGGCCCUUAUGUGACAGUAACAGCUUGGUUGGGGUCACAGUCCCGGGUGGUGUCGGAGUCAGUCUGCAGGCUCCCCGUAUUGGCUGCCUGGAUGCCCAUGGGUUAGGGUAGUACACGUGGUACAGGUGACAGAUUUCAGCCCUGCUGUGUCUCUGUAACUGAUAGGCUUCCUGGCCUGGGAGGCAUGUAAGGGAUGACGUUGGUUUCCACAGUUCUUUAUGAGCCCAUUUGCCUUUGGCUUGACCCUGCAGCCCCCUAGACUCGACGGGGAAGCGGUGCUGGCGGUGUCAGCCAGGGUUUAGCUGUAGAGUCUCAUCUUCCCUCUUGGUUCUGUGAAAUGAGGAUGUAAGAGAUUACUCCCCCCCCCCCCACACACACACACACACGCACACUUCGACUCCUCAGAUAGGAGAGGAGAGCUUGUGAGCCCUCUCAGAAGCCCCAACCAACUUAAUGAUGAUGCUUUGUCCGUGGGGACUAGAUAGUCUGUUGUGUGCCCCUCUCUGGGUCUUUGAAAACCCCUGUUCCUAAGCCACAAAUAUAUCUGCACACCUUGGCUGCACUAAGGCUUUAAGGUGGGCUGCAGCUGGCUCCAGCCCGUGCUCCAGCCCCACGCGGGGUUUUUUCUCCUGUCCAUGUUUGGUUGUGGACAUCUUUCUGGGAAAGAUGGAGUGUUACAGAUGGAAUAUACACUGUGUGAUAACUGUCUGCCAUUGAGUGACAGGUGGAAUCUUUUCUUGUCCACCUAGUGUUCAGACAGAGGAAGGCUUUGCUAAAGGAACAAUUGUACCUGAGAGAAGAGAAAGCAGGGCUGUGAGCGUGUGUUAAGAUGGGGGGAUUUCGGGUUGGGGAUUUAGCUCAGUGGUAGAGCACUUGCCUAGCAAGCGCAAGGCCCUGGGUUCGAGCCUCAGCUCCAGAAAAAAAAAAAAAAAGAUGGGGGGAUUUCCUGUUCAGUUCCUCCAAACCUGUGCAGUGCUGGACCACUGUCUGGCACACUUUUCGUGCGAGCUUGGAGAUGGGAUGAAUGGUAAGGAAGUCAGUUUGUGUGACGUAGGUUCCCUCCCUCUGUGGUCAUGGUUAGGAACAGGCCUGGUAGCUGUGAAUAAACCCACUUGAGUGACGGUAGCCAGCGUCUCCCUUUCUCUCACUACCUUUCCUCAAAGACUUGCCUUCUGCUUAGCGCGGGUGUUCGUUAUCCUGCGGCUGCAAGCAGGACCUUAGCUGUCUCCUCAGGUCUUCAAUUCCCAGUGCUUACCCUUGGGGAAUCCAUACAGUUGGAACUGAGUCGAUGCCUCCGUUAUCCUUACCGCUGUUUCUAGGAAGCGGUGGUGGACGCUCUUAACUUGGCAUUCUUUGACAUCCCUGUGAUCUGGUAGGCGUCAUAAUAACAAUAGCAUACAUUUGAACAAUUUGGAAUAGGGUAGCUUUUCCUUCUGACCUUUACAAAAUGACAUUUUCCUUCACGUUCGAUACAUGUGUCUCGAAAACAGACAGACAGACAGGCACUGUUUGGAUGAUUGAGUCUGGCCACCAGGCUCUGAGACAGCACAGGUUGGCCCUGCUCCUCUGUUCUGCUUUCCUUGCAUGACCUCGGUCCUGUGUCUUGACCCCUCUCAGGUUUCCUUGUAAAAAGGAAGUGUAUAUUCCUCUCAUAUACUUCCCUUGUGAGGGCAGAGGAACCCUGUGGCUCCCUACCAACUCGAGGGGCAGCUGCUUCCCUGGCAGGAUGAAUGUGCUGGAGCCGACAGUGUGGUUCUCACCCCCUUUGCCUUGGGGCAUCUUCCCUGGGUUUUAUCCUUUGGCUUCUGGAAGAGGAGUGAUUUGGGGUUGGCUUGACACACCUAGUGGGCCAGGCAUAUGCUCUCCUGCCACAUUAUGUAGUCCAGGUGACAAAAGCAUCAUUUGUUUCCUGAUUCCCUCCCCACUUAACCUGGCCAGCUGGGUGUCCUUACCGUCUGUGUCUUACUGAGGAAAUGGGAGCUUGGUGAAAGCACCUGAGGGACAGCUCUCCCCGCCCUGUGAGGGUCAUCCCCAGGGUCACAUUUGAUAAGAGUUUGAAAUCGGGCCACUUCUGGAAGAAUCUUUGGGAAAGGGGCCCCUAGCCCAUGGGACAUCAUGUGCCAAAGUCUGAUGCUCCUCACAAAGCCCCUUUACACUCAGGCUAUUGCUCAGGGACACAAGACAUUGCCGGCAUGUCUAGACCUCCCCUAGCUCCAUGUUGUCGACAUUUCUUGCCCCAUGAGAGGGACCAUUCUUAACUCAUGAAGUUCCUUCCUCUUCUAUCCUCCACCACCCACACCCACCCACUCCCCAUAGCUGCACCUGCCGAAUGCUAGGCAGAGACCUAUGAAUAUCAAGCUUACUUUUAACAGAGUAAAGAACAGAGGGCCCUGAAGCCUGGGUGACUGUGAGUGGCCUCACAGUCACUCAGGGCCUAAGUGUCCAUCUGUCCAGUGGUGCCCCACCAUGGAUGCCGAACCCUGACCUUUCGAUCAGGUAUGUAUUUGAUCAUGUAUGUGCCUUUGUGUUGGUGUGUGAAGAACGGCACAGUCCGACAGUUUAGAAGCACACAUCUUGUUGCCUCUAGAAGGCCUGGGAGGAGAGGCAGGUCGUACUUGCUGGUGAAGUCCUGGACUUUCUCUAAGGAAAGACUGUCCAGACUGGAUUCAGGGGCAGAGGUAAGAGCGGCCCUCAGGGACUUGUGGGUGGCAAGAACCUGGAGACUUAAGCGGUCCAUUUUCAAGUUGUAAAUUUGCCAGUAUCCGGCCCCCAGAAGCCCUUCUGCGAGCUGAGGGUGAUGCCCACUCUCCUAUUUAAAACUCUUCUAACUGUAAAACCUACCAUCUUAGCUAGGUUCAGUGAUGCAUUCUUGGAAACCCAGACCGGGGCAGGACAGUUCCUUCAGCUCCAGAUGUGAUGUCAAUCUGGGGCAACACAGCAAGACCCUGUCUCUCCAGUGUGUGGUGCCAGAGCCCCACGUCCAGCGCAGAUAGCGCCACCAGGCAAGAUUGCUUCCCUUGGUGGAGAAAAGUAUGAAUGUCUGUCUGAUUGGAGGUCAAAGGCCAGUACUGGCCAUUUCCUAUGACUCAAUCAUGUGUCACUUGUCACUGUCCUUGGCUUGACCUGAGAACCACUUCUUGUCAAGAUACAGUUGUUGUUGGGAACACAUUUCCAGAUGGCAAAACAUUGUUUUCCUAGUUCACAAAUUGUAAUGAAGUCCACACAUAAGAGGAGAAAAGCCCUUCUCCUUGGACUCUUCCUGGCAUUGCUGCUUGGAGGCUUGCCACCUCUGGUCCUGAGCUGAAGGGUGGGAACCAGCAGCAGGAAUCUUGUUUGAUGAAGGCUAAUUAACAUGGUUCUAACUAGUGUGACCCAGACCCGGGUUCCUGGUUGGCUCUGCAGACCGGGUGAGUUUCUUUUACUUUUUCACGAACUGUGUCUAGGUAUUCCCAUUCACUGCCCCUUCUGUCCGUCUCUGGUCGUGGACCCUAGAGGCAUCCUGGCCUCCCUGAGCUGCUGGGGAAACCCUUGACUUGCUUUUCAGGAUACUGGGUUCUCUUGAGCUCUGCCCUGGGGCUGACUGCUCCUUCUUGGUUUCUUGCGCUUUGGUCCCUGCAUCCCCUUGAGUCUUGUGUUGGAAAGAGAAGAUCCUGGUGAUUGAGGGGAGUUGUCUGAGUGGGCGCUCCGUGCUGCUCUGGUUUCCUUGCCCCUGACUUCCCUUCUAAUUGUCAUGCCCUUUGAUUGUCAGGUGUGAACAUGACAGCUAGGUGGUGUCUCUGGGUGGGAAAUUCAAACACAAAUCUAGUGUUCAAAGACCAGCCUUUCUUACUAGGACAGGACGGGUGGAAGCUCAGAGGUCAGAAUGGCUGUAAGGGAAGCGCUGACAUGUGAAGACCCCACAGAAGUGAUAUGGUGUGCUUUGCAGUCACUCAAGACCAUCUUUCAAAAGUCCUAUGUUGUUCUCCUUCCUGAAGUCCUUCCCACCUUGCUACCUGCACAAGACGGCCUUAAGGCUAAGGGCUGAUCAUGUCAUAGAUGGUUUUACUAAUUUGGGCAUUUUAGAAAGUGACAUUGAAGUAUGGUUUAGCCUUUGAUUGCUGACGUUUUACAUUUUAUUUUAUUAUUUUUUAACAUCCCUUUGAAAUUUGUAUCCGACACAAGUGCCUCACUCAUCUCAACCUGGUCUAGGCCCUGCCUGCCUGUCUCCUGGAUCUCCAGAUGGGGCUGUGACAUUUAGCAUAGGUUUGGUGUCUUAUUCUCGUUCCACCCCACACAGCACGUCCUAAGUGCCGCUCGUCACUCCCGGGAGCACUUGCAUUCAAAUUCAGUGGUGAAGCACCCAGUUCUUAACAUUGGCCCUGUAGCUGGGGUGACUUUUCCUUCUUUCGUGUUCCUCCAUGUUCUCGGGCUGCCUUUCAAGCUCUUGGAAGCCACUUUCCAGGGGUUUAUGUAUUCCAGGAGAAGGGAAGUGAUCAUGUAGAGAGAAGCCUGUACAUUCUUUUCUCCAACUUCUCUGGGAAUUCUAGAAGUGAAGAGACGUCAUUCAUCCAAGAUCUCAGAAGUGAGUGAAUGGAGGAUUUCUGUCAUUGCCGCCCUCCCCCCCUCCCACACACACACAUACGUUAAGCUUUGCCGUCUCUACCCCUACCCAGCAAGCCUUCUAAAUAAUCCCUUCACACCCCCCACCUGUGUCAGGUUCCUGCCAUUAUUACCCUCCAUCGUCAUUUCACUCAAUCAUUUAUUCUACCUCUGGUUUGAAGGCCAUGUCUGCUAUGGCUUUUAUUUUUUUAUUAGUAGUAGUAGUAGUAUUACUUUGGGCAGGGUCUCAUGUAGCCCAGACAGGCUUCAAACUUGCUGUAUAGCCCAGGAUGACCUUGUACUUCUGAUCCCCCUGCCUCCACUUCCCAAUUGCCAAGAUGACAGGCACAUAACUUUUAUUUUCUUCAUUACUGUCAGAAUGAGACAUGGGUUUAUCCUGGCCCAGGUAUGGAGUUGAAUGAUAAAUCUUAAGAAACCAGUAAAUCAUCCACGUAGGAGGCUCUGUCUGGACAAAUGUGCAGACAUUUUUUGACGUCUUACAGAGUUGGUGGGUAUUGCCUGCAUCCAAGGAUGUGUGAACAGACAUGGAGUGUUCAUGCUGCUUGCCUGGCGUCACAGCUGGGAAGCAAGUUGCUGAUCUGUUUAAGACAUGACGCUAGCCUGGGAGCACAUUUCUAGACCACUGUUGAAAAGCCUUGAGGUGAAGUUAGGCCAGCCUGGGGCCAGGUGGGUUCUGAAAUCACCCUUUUCCUAAGGUGGUGUGUGCCCUGGCUGACCUGUGAUUCCCCCCAGAGCUCAGCAAACUUCAUUUUUGCUGAUGGCGGCUCUUUGUCCUUCACCUUUCUCUCCAGUCUGCAGGGAUUCUGAGCUCACUGGGAUGUCUGUUGCUCCCCUCACUCCCAGGACCACCUAAGGCUCUGUUUCUCUUUCCUGUUUCCAGCUCUAGCUUCCCUGGUGUUCCUCAUUGUAGCUCCACUUUCCUGUGUUCUCAGUUCUUUGAGUUUGGAAGCCUUCUCCAGCUCCCCUCUUCUAGGGAGAUGGCGCUGCUGCCUCUUUGUCUCCUUGAGCCUUGGUACCCAGCUGCAGCAGAGCAGGGAGGUGGUGAACGCUAAUGUUCUGCUUCCCCUGACCCUCUAUUCUCAUUUGUCCCCAGCCACAGCUCUACAGACGGCAGUCUGGGACUCUCUUCAAGGUUGCAGGAGAGGCAUUGGUUGGGCUCUGGUUUUCUGCAAAAGCUUUCUUGGGGCUUUCUCCCCUUAGGGCCCGUGAGUCUAGGAAGUACAGUGAACGUUCUCUUUGUUUUGUCCUCCAGUAUCUAACUACAAGUUUCCUGUGCCAGUGUCUCCCUCUUCUCCGUGUGUCCCCCGAAUUGAGCCCUCAUUUCCUUUGGAAUCUAAAUUAUUGUGUGUUGUCAGAAAUAUUUAAAGGUGGAAGUGUCCUGAAGGAAGUUUAUUUUCAGGUUCUUUCCUUUGGCUUUUUCUUUUCAUUUCUUUCGAGGUACUGUACAUUGGUGACGAGGGACGCCAAGCAGGGCUUGGUUCCGCCGCCAAGCCUCCCACUGUAUUACAGUGUAAUGCUGAGCUCGGCCUGGUCCCAACACCAGGGCUCUCAGAGACUUGAAUAAAACUGUCAUAAUGGUUA